CCAUCGACCCCAGUCGGUAGCUUGUACGAUUGGAUCGCAAGAUGGCGAGGACGCGACUGGAUCAGAAACGGAGUCAAGAAAUGUCGAGGCUGAAUCACAAACAGUGAGUGUAAAGGAUGUCGAGGUCGAUUUUGAAAUACAAGCCGAACCGGAUUCACAAGCGAAUCAUUGUGCAAAUGAAAAUGUUUCGAAAGUACACAAAGAAGCUGUUAGGCCUACCAAAUCAAGAAGACUCAAACAGAAAAAAGAUAAAUCGGAUUGGAGUAAACUUCCCUAUGGAAUAGUUUUGGAGAUUUUUAGAUUCCUGCAUGAAAAAGACAGGAUAUCAUUGGCACAAUCUUGUAAAACGUUUUACUCGGUUUUUCAUUCUCCAGUGUUAUGGAGGCGGAAGUAUGUUCUGUUUUCAGGUGUCAGAUCAACAGAAACUGCUACAAGGUCGUGCGCGUUCAUUAAUAAAUUUGGAAGUUAUAUUAAACAUUUAGAGAUUGAGUGCGGUCAUCCGACAUUACACAGCGCCCGCCCCAUGUCUCUGGCGGUAGAGAUGUUCCUCAACCAAUUAUCUCGAAUUCGGGGUACGAAAAUACUCUCCUUUAAAAUCGAUUACAUGGAUUUUUAUCAUGGCUGGCGGUUUUUCGAGAUGUCAAGGUCCAGACUGAUCGGAGCUUUGUGUAAAUUUAUACGAAAACAGAGACAUCUUCAAUUUCUGGAUGUUUCUGGAUCUCAAAUCGAUACUCGUGAUGGGAGCAGAGUUUUAAAAGCCUUAGCAGCUUGCUAUGCCCGCAACACAAUAAAAACUCUUCAAAUGAAAGAUUUCUUUGAAAUGAGAUACAACGCAACCAAUAAUUCAAGUUUCUUGACAGCUUUAAAAAAAUUCACAGCUUUGAAGGAAAUUUACAUUAACUUUAUUUAUUUGAAUCCCUCCAUUUUGGAAAUACUAGGGAAGAAGCUAGGGAACUGUUUGGAACUGAUUCGGCUUGUCGUGGACUCGUCCGAAUCACAAGCUCGUACAAUAACUGCUUCUGAUUGGACCAGAAUGCGUGAAAAAUGUCCGAAAUUGAAAGUAGUGUUUCACUUUUUGGGUUUAUUGUCGUACAAUGAAUAUACCAGUGCUUUGUGUCGAGGGAUUCCAUUGGUUGAAUGUGAUAUACUCAGCUGGGAAGGCUAUCCAAACGACCUUGAACCCGACACAGAACGCAUGUCAGAUAUAUUGCGACAUGUUGCCAACAACUUUAACAAAACUCUAGCUCGAUUUCGGCUGUCCAUCGACCAUUGUUCUAGUGAAGAUAGCCUCGAUCAACCGAUGAUUUUAAUGUUACAGAAAUGCUGUUAUUUAACAGAGUUUACUGUUAAUGCAACUCUAUCUCUCGAAACAGUAGAUAUUCUAUGUAAAAUAGCUGCCGCCAGAAAACCAAAACGUAAGUACGGAGAUGGUCUCGAUCAUCCGAUGGUUCCCUCGUACCAUAAAGCACAUUUGAAUCUUUUUCUGAAAAUGGUAACAAUCGUAAAUAAUGAUAAUUAUGAUAGUGGUAAAUAA